ACCAUUCAUCGUAUCGCAGAAUGUCUGAUCCCAAAUACCCAAGGUUGUCGGAAGAGGAGAGCUAUGACAUGGAAAACACCAUGGAUCCUGAGCUUUAUACAGCCAUAACCAAAGGUGACCUUCUUGAAUUCAUAAGAGCAAUGGAGGAGAGAAUAACAUACAGUCAUCAUGGAUCAACAGCAGACUGUGUCCAUUUAGCCCCACAGAAGAACACAGUUCUGCACUUGGCAACAAUCCAUGGACACGACGAAAUCGUUAAACUUAUCUGCAAGGACCUGCCAUUCUUUAUAGCAGAGAAAAAUGUGAAAGGUGAUAUUCCCCUCCACAUUGCAGCAAGAACUGGCAGCUCCCUGCUAGUGGAACUGUUGAUUGGUGCAGACUACAGGGAAGGCUGUUUAGGCGAAACGAAUAGGGAAGGAAACACUGCACUCCAUGAGGCUUUAAGACACAAUCAUAAAGAUGUGGCUCAGAUGCUAAUCUUUAAACAUCCAAACAUGUCUUAUGGUGUUAACAAGGAAGGGAAGAGUUUGCUUUACUUGGCAGCAGAAGCAGGAUUCGAAUCCAUCGUUAAGCUCCUAAUGGAAAACCCUGUGGGACGUUACGCUAUUGCAGAAAACAAUAAGCACAAGUCACCAAUUCAUGCUGCAAUAAUUGGCAGGAAUAUAGAUGUGCUAAAACUUUUGUGGGAAUACGAUAAGUCCUCUUUCCAGACGAGGUGCGAAAAAGGAUGGAAUCCACUCCAUUAUGCUGCAGAUAAUGGGUACCUUGAUGGGGUGGAUUUCUUACUGAACAGAUGCCAUGAAUUUGGUUAUCAUAGAGACAAGCAGGGGGUUUUCCCUGUUCACAUAGCAUCUAUCAGAGGUCACUGCAACAUAGUCUCGAUGAUGCUUCAGCGCCGCCCUGAUUCAAUAGAACUACUCACUCUGCAAGGCCAAAACAUCCUUCACGUGGCGGCUAAAGGGAGAAGAUUGAAAGCAUUUGAUUAUAUGCUCAAAAUGCCGGAAAUGGAGAGGCUGAUAAACCAGAGAGAUGAAGAUGGGAACACAGCCUUGCAUGUUGCUACCAUUUAUGGAAACCCCAAAGUGGUGAGCAGUCUGAUGUGGGAUGAAAGAGUGAGGGUUGGACUGGAAAAUAGUAAUGGUCUCACUGCACUUGAUAUUGCUGAGGAUCACAUGAGAACAGACAUUGAAUCUUUUCAGAAGAGACUGACAUGGAUGGCCUUAAGGGUUGGAGGAGCUCCAAGAGCACCAAACAGUAAGGUCUUGAAUGGCAAUGGAAAUGGCAGAUUCAUGGUUAGACAGCACCCAAGAAUGGAAGAUUACAGAGACCGGGUGAAUGUGAUUCUGCUGGUGGCGACGCUGGUGGUGACGGUGACAUUCACGGCGGGGUUCACAAUCCCCGGCGGCUCCAACAACUCCAGUCCAAACCAAGGCAUCGCAACAAUGCUGGAAAAAGUGAAGUUCCAAGAAUUCAUAAUCUGCGACUCCAUAGCAAUGUACAGCGCCAUCAUCGUGGCUGUGACAAUGAUAUGGGCACAGUUAGGCGACAUAAGCUCAAUGCAAGUCGCCUUCAGGCUAGCACUGCCAUUGCUGUGGAUCUCCCUGGCCAUGAUGUCUGCGGCGUUCAUGGCGGGGGUGUACUUAGUUGUAAGCAAGAUCGGUUGGCUGGCAAACGUCGUGCUCUUCAUGGGCUCAAACUUCAUCUUCUUGCUCACCCUGCUGUUUCUGCCUCUCUGCUUCUUAGGCCCAUCAAACCACCGCUCCUUUCGUUCCCUCUCUUACUAUCCUUUCUGUCUGGUCCUGUUUGCUCUGGGAAGCUACGCUGAAGAAGAAGAAGAAGCCAUGUUUGGUUAAUUAAUUGUACAUAGCCAAGCUUGCAAGGACACCAAUUUCAUAUUGGUCGCCUGCCAUGAACGUGAAGUUGAUUACAACCGCAAUUCAUCCAAAGAUGAAUUUAAUUUGUAAUAUAAUGUAAAGUUGAUGUCCAUAAUUAAUGAAUAUGUGCAUAAA